AUGGCCUUGGCUCCGAUGCACGGACCUAGCAGCUGGAGGGGUACCGAGGUGGUCCUCACUGACGGUCUCGAGGCCGCCUUCGUUGCUGGAGGGCCACCAUCGCCGCCAUGUUUCCCUCGGCAAGACAUUCGACUGCCCAAGAUGGUUCAACUAUCAGUGCCACUUCUGCAACUGCUUGCGGUGUACCUUGGACAGCUCCAGUGCUGCUGGGGACUGAUGGUCAUUGGAUCCAGUGGUCCCGCUUUGAAGGUCGAGCUGUGGGAAGGUCUUUUUUUGCGCCACCGAGGAAGGCUGCUUCCCUUGGGCGAGACAUCGACGAAGAUGAUUCAAGAUAAAGAAGUAUCCGGUAUUUGUGCACAGCUCUCAGUGGGGUUGAGAUGGUCAGCUCGGCAGAGGCAAUGUGAAGCCUAG